AGCCCUCCCGCUCCCCCACCCCUCGCCGUACAAAAAGCCGCCCGACAAGUUUCUUGGAACUUUGCCUGCCCUGACGCAAACAAUGGAGCAGGGCCCCAUCCUCCUGGAGCAGCCAAUAGGCAGCUGGGGGACCCGGUUGCCACCAAUCAGAGGGAGCUGGACAGUUCCCCGGUCCUGACUGACCUUCAGCCGGCUGGUGUGGGGGGGGGAUAAAAGAGCCCAGAGGCGGUAGCGGAGGUUUGGCCGCUGCAGCUGCCGCCCGCCGUCCCUCCCGCCUUAGAGCCAGGCAGACGCGGCGGGGACCCGGCGCGGCCAGAGCCAAGCGGGAGGGAGCGCGAGCCCCAAGGGGAGCUGGCCCCGGGAGCGGCCGCCGUUGCAGAGGGCUCCCGCGAAGCGCCGCCCCAGCUCAUUCAUUGAAGCCCCAGCAGCGCCUGGAAGCCGGGGCUCGGCAGCGGCCCGGCCCGGCGGCAGAGCGGGUGCAGAGAGAAGCCUCCCCGCCCGCGGGAGGGCGCCGCUGCCCUGCGAGGAGCCAGAGGGGGGGGAGUGUUUCCAUAGGUCUUGGACCUAAUGAGGCAUUUUGACAACAAAGUGGGAACAAGCCCCUCCUGAAACCCAAGCUCAGCGAUGCCCUGGAACGUCAAAUGGCUGAACAGCUACAGCAGCCACAAUUCCCAGUCCCAAAAGCAAUGUAAGAAAUCCUCCUUCGCCUUUUACCAGGCAGUGAGGGACCUGCUGCCUGUGUGGCUUUUGGAGGACAUAAGAACAAUGGAGGCCUUUCACUGGGAGGAAGGCGGAAAGGUGAGCACCUAUUCUCCCUCUGAGGCUCUUCUCUAUGCCCUGGUGCACAACCACCAACCUUACGCUCAGUACCUACUGAAUAAGUUUCUUCAGAGCGCCCUAGCCAUACCCAGCCAAAACUUCAGCUGCUGCCAGUCAUCAGCUCCUCACCUGGCCAUGGCAGUUCGCUACAACCGCACCCACAUCCUCUUCAGAAUACUGAAAGCCAUUAGAGGCUUUCCAGAGAGAGAGAGAGCCAACUACUUGGACCGCAGGGGGUGCAGUCGUGUGGAAGGCAGCAAAACUGCCUUGCAUGUGGCCUGUGAACUGUUGAGACCCGAAUGUUUGCUUCUAUUGCUGGGUCAUGGGGCAUCCCCCUGCUUACGUGACUGCGCUGGGAAUACCCCUCUGGACAUCUUGCUCCAGCAGAUUUCUCAGACCCCAACAGUUAACAUGUGCACCAAGCUCCUCUUGCUGGACUCCCUUUUCCUCUUCAUGCCUCAGGAACUCCAAUUUUCAAUGAAACAGCAACUGCUGGACAAUCACCAGCCCUGGCAGGACCUUUUGGGAGAGAACAGAUUCCAGUGGCUGGCAGGUUUAACUCCUACAUCUCUGUUCAUCACGGCUAUGCGUGUCUUAAUGAGGAGCAUUUCACCUGAACAAUUCCCAGAGGCACUGGAAAAUCUGCCUUUGCCACAGUUUCUGAAGCCUUUAGGCUUGAAACUGAAGAGCUAGGGGAUGUGCCCAGGAGCCUCCAGCUUGUGUGGUUUUGGUAUAAAGAGCUGUUAAUGCAGAUGUGGGGCAAUGCUCUUGUUUUAAUUAGAACAUGUUUUUAAAAGGAUUGUAUCUGGCACUUUACAUACCUUUUUAUUUAAAGAUCAUUGUGGUGAGUAAUUUUCACACCACUUUUUAUAAAAGUAUUAUAUGAUAACUUAAGAUACAUGGGUGUAUAUAUUUGUAAAUAGGUGUAAAUAAACCAGUGGCAGAUAUGACGGAAAA